AUCGAGAUCAAACGUCUAGGGCUAGGGUUUUGUAUCAAGACUUCAUAUAUUAAAAGAAAAAUAACAGAAAUAUAUAAGCGCUCUUGAACCAGAAAAUCUCAUUCCUUUCUUCCACUUCUCCAUUGGGUUAAAUCGUCACUCCACAAUAGGAUCGGAGAGGAAGCAAAGGCAGCUAACAAAGCAUGGUGCACGUUUCUUUUUACCGCAACUAUGGGAAAACCUUUAAGAAACCAAGACGCCCCUAUGAGAAGGAGCGGUUGGACGCUGAGCUGAAGCUCGUUGGAGAAUAUGGUCUCCGUUGUAAGAGAGAGCUUUGGAGGGUUCAAUAUGCAUUGAGCUGUAUCCGUAAUGCUGCAAGAAUGCUCCUUACGCUUGAUGAAAAAAACCAGCGUCGUAUUUUUGAAGGUGAAGCACUUCUGAGGAGGAUGAAUAGGUAUGGACUUUUGGAUGAGAGCCAAAACAAGCUUGAUUACGUGUUGGCCUUGACUGUUGAGAACUUCCUUGAGCGCCGUCUUCAAACACUUGUGUUCAAGUCUGGUAUGGCUAAGUCUAUCCACCAUGCUAGAGUGCUCAUCAGGCAGAGACACAUUAGGGUUGGGAGACAAGUGGUUAACAUUCCCUCUUUCAUGGUGAGGGUCGACUCACAAAAGCACAUUGAUUUCUCCCUUACAAGUCCUUUCGGUGGUGGGCGCCCUGGUAGAGUGAAGAGAAAGAAUCAAAGAGCUGCUAGUAAGAAGAAUUCUGGCGACGGGGAAGAAGAAGAUGAAGAGUGAGCUCUCGGAGAUGGUGACUAAUGAUUUUGUUAGGAAGUUUGCUUAAUAGUGUUUCACAUUGACCACCUUCUACAUCAUUUUGAAUCCUCGUGAAAUUUUGAGAGAAUAUUUAGUGCUACCAAGUACUUCUGUUCUGUGUUCUUUUUUACCAUCUAAAGGCUUAUGCUGUUGUUGGAAUAUAUAAUCGCUUGUCCAA